UUUUACAAGUCUACUAUUAUUGAUGCUAGCUAACCUAGAAAUAUAUUAUAAUUAGGUAACAACCAGAGCUUCCCAAAACCCAGUAAGCUAGAGCUUGAGAAAGAUCGAUCAGAGAUCCAUGGACAAAAGCAAAGUAAGCACAGCAGUUGGAGGGGAGACUCCAGUAGGAUUAAUUACGGGUUCAAGAGAUGAUGAGUUAGAAAGUGGCUCCAUGCGCACAGCCGAGACUGUGCUGCGGCUUGUACCCAUGGCUUUUUGCAUCUCAGCUCUUGUUCUCAUGCUCAAGAAUUCUCAGACUAAUGACUUUGGCACUCUUUCCUACUCAGAUCUUGGAGCUUUCAGGUAUUUGGUGCAUGCCAAUGGCAUAUGUGCUGGCUAUUCCCUUCUGUCAGCUAUCAUUGUAGCCAUGCCUCGACCAUCCACCAUGUCCCGAGCCUGGACAUUCUUCUUCCUUGACCAGGUGUUGACAUAUGUAACCUUGGCGGCAGCCGCCGUGUCUGUGGAGGCGUUGUACCUGGCCAGAAAGGGGGACAUUGCCAUCACCUGGAGUGCAGCUUGUGUGUCUUUUGGUGGAUUCUGCCACAAGGCCAUAACAUCUGCUGUCAUCACAUUUAUUGUAGUAGUCUGCUAUGCACUACUUUCACUUGUCUCCUCCUACAAGCUUUUUAGCAGAUAUGGUGCACCAGAUGUGAGCUACCCAGGCAAGGGGAUUGAGGUUGCUGCCUUUCACAGUUAAUUUGUAAACCAAUUUCACUUUAUGGCUUGCGCUGACCACCAAAACAACCACCAAAGUGUGUGGCAUGUGCAUGGUUUGGAUGGAUAAUAAGUUAUGUUCUACUGCUUAUACGUAAUUAUUCAAGUAUCCUUCUACUUUUCAUGUACUCCAUAUAUGUUAAAACUUGUAUGUAAAUUAAGAAGAGUUCUUUUUCGUA